UCCGGGUUUUUCGGGCUUACUUCCGGGAUUGUCGUCUGAGUUUUGUUUACUUUCGAUUUGGUGUCGCUAUGAACGUUUAGUACCUAAAAUGCAACCUAGCCUGUUAUAUGUUAAAAGGUACACGCUGAAGACCAAGAGACCCCGAUAUUAAUCCUAUGUAUGACGUCAGUGACAUGGAGGAGGAAAUUAAUAACGUGGCAGUCGAGCAGCCCAAAAUGCAUCCCCGAAACUCGAGGAUGCCCGAAGUCGUGAAAGAGGCAUGCAUAAAGGUUAAAUCAUUUAUCGAUUUAAAAAACCUGGAAGCACUGAAAUUAUAUUUAAGUAACUAUAACAAAGACGACCAAAGCAGGAUAAUAAAUCAUGUCCAAGAUGAUCAGGCGCCGUUUUUUCGUGCAUGUAUGUUAGGACAAGCAGAUAUUGUAAACUACAUGUUAACGGAAUGUUCUGCCGAAACUGAGUUACGAGGUUUAUACAUACUAAAAUCAGAAGAUUUCAAUGACGAAGUUACUCCCCUUUGGGUCUCCGUCAGUGAGCAACAUUUUGCUAUUGUGAAACUCUUGGUAGAACACGGAGCCGAUAUUCAUGCCUCCACUGCCACAAACUCCUCCCCAGUACGAUGCGCUUGCUACUGCGCGAAUUUGGCAAUUGUGAAGUAUCUUGUCGAAAAUGGCGCCAAUAUCCACCAGCCGAAUGUAUAUGGCGGUACGUGUCUGAUGAAUGCAACCAAAGGAUCUAUGGAGCUCUGCGAGUUUCUGGUCAACAACGGCGCGUCUGUUAAUGCAACUACCGUUGGUGGACACACAGCAAUGUAUCAUGCUAUAAAAUCAGGUCGGCUUGACUUAGUCAAGUUCUUCCUUGGCGUCGGAGCUUCUCAUUUCGUGACGAUUUCUACAGAAAUUCACAUCCUUCAUUUAGCAGCCAUUCAAGGAAACCAGACAAUAUUCGACUACAUCAAAGAUAAUACUGUGAUGAAGCUGUCACGACUGGUGGAUGGGUAUGAACUUCUCGGCGCAACCGCGAUUGACGACCUCGACAACAUUCCAGAGGGACUGCGAUUGUGGAAUAAGGCAAUGGACUUGAGAUACGCGAAUCCGGAUGCACCACUGACAAAAAUCAUUCCAGAAGAAACGCAGCAAGUUUAUCGAUUUCAUAGAGAAACUACGACUCCUGAACAAUGUAAAGCUCUUGUGGCUUCAGACACGGACAAAAUUAACAUGCAUGCAUUACUUGCACGUGCAAGGAUCCUAGGCACACGUCAUGAACGGACGAUUAAUGAGAUUCGGUAUCGAGGGGCAAUGUAUGCCGAUUCGGAUCACUAUCAGCGUGCAGUAGACCUCUGGAAGUAUGCUUAUCAUCUUAGCAGACAGUGCAAUUCAGCGUCUGAUGAAGUCUUGGUAUUCGACUUGACCUUGUUUGUAGAUUUGUUAAAGGAAAUGCUAUCAAAGGGCUCUUCUGGACAAAUCAGCGAGAAGGUACAGACUAGUGACAUUGUAGACGUGUUUGCUUUGUUGGUAAAACAACUUCAGGAAUUUGCAGAAAUUCUUAAAGUUCGACCUCUUCAGAAGAACACGUUCAAAAACUUCAGAUCUCUUCUACUGAUUGCUAUUGACUUCAUGAACUUCUUCUACCUUUCGGAAGGACAUGAUGAAGAAAGGGAACGAUUCACCGAGGAAGUGAACAGAGUGAUGAUACUAGACGCAGAAAGCGAAAACGGCGAACGGCUUCUGCAUUUAGCAUUGAUGAUAGAUUCAGCAAAAUCCGAUGCUGCUCUUCCGUCAAUUGAUGUGAUUCGCGCUCUGAUAAAAGCAGGUGCAAGUGUCAACGUAACGGACAAUGAUAAGAAUGCACCUCUUCACCACUGUAUAACAUCAUGGCGGAAACAAAUAGAGAUUCCUGAUCGAGGAAAUAAAUGGAAGGAACUGGCGUGGGUUUUAAUAGAACAAGGGACACACAUGGAUACCCGGAACUGUAACAAGGAUACUCCUUUGGCAUUCCUCCAGGAACAAGGAUGUGUAAGGCCACUCCAGUACACGUCUUUGAAAUGUUUGGCAGCUAGGGUAAUCGUACACUCGGGAAUAAUGUACCGUGGAUACCUCCCUACUUUACUGAAAUCAUUUGUGGAAAUACAUGAAUGAUUCCGAUAUCAUUAAAUAUCCUUCUCCCAGAUAUUGUUCCGAAGUCUUUCAUAGAAUUGGCUCUAUUAUUUUCAUCAGAUCUCACUUGUAUUGCCGCCUAACUCAUAGACUUAUAAACCUAUAUGUUCAUACUUUAACCAGAAUUCUACCUAUGAUGUAAUUUUAAAAAGUCACGAUAAAAUUAUUUAGCGGUAUUAUUGUAAGCUUUUUGAACCAUUCAUAUUUUUUUGGUAUAUUUUUGCCUAUAAAUGAUCAAGCAUGGAUUGUUGAAAUCAAGAGUCCUUGUCUAGUGACUUUACAGAAGCGUUCUUAGUAAAUGGUACCAACAUUUUCGAACUUUUACAUUAAAUCACAAUAUCUUUACACGUAUCUUUAUUAAGGAAAGGUAAAUCUAUCCAGACAAUCCUUUUCAAAGAGGUGAAUAUUUUGAUAUAUCUGUACGGAUGCUACUAGAGAAUUAUGGAAAAUGGAAAUACAACCCGCGAAAAUGCCUUAAUUAUCCUCAUACAAAUAUCUUUGAUUGGUCAUUUAGGAGAUAUACACAUGAUAGUCGAUUGAUUUAAAUGUUACAUAUCAACUGGUAUCUUUACCUCGAUCGACGUUUGCCUCUCGUUAAUCCUUUGUGUGUUCAUUGCAUUUUUUGUUAUAUCUUCAUCAAAUAGUAAAGUUUUUAUGUAGACAUUUCACGGCUUGACAUGUACUUUUGCAGAAUUUAUUAAGCGUAAUAUUACGUAGAAAUUUGAUGGUGUUCAUUCUGACCUUAUUUCAAAGUAGGAAAACAUAGUGUGUUCCAUUUCAAAAAUAUUUACCUCCUCUCUUAGAUCGAUGUUCCCGAUCAUAAAAGAUGCCACAUGCGGUGCAGAAAGUUCUCAUUAUUCGGAGCACAUGAAUUCUCGUGUUUUGUGGUUCAUGGCCUCAUUCAUUUUCAUCUAUCUCCCUGUUACCCUUUCGUAUUUUUAAUGCAUUCCAAUUUAACCCUUAUGUGUUAAAUUUGUAGUAUAAAUUUACUUUUGCUACUAGAUAGUUUGGUUAUUAUUUCUUUAAAUUGAUUACCUCCCUUUGCACCGAACUAUCAACUGUGAAAUAAUGACAUUGAUAUUUACAAACCUUUAUUUAAGUCAACAAUUCACAUGUGAUAUUUCCUAUGGAAGUACUGGUCAUUAUUUUCACAUAUGUGAUUUUUAUUUCAGUUCUGUUAAGAUUGUAAGUCACAUCACUUUUUUGUAUUUUCUAUAUUCAAAGAAUGACAAUUAUAGUUUGCAAGCAUUUCAGUGGAUUUUCUUAUUCAUUUUGAAAUAUUAAUUCAUGUUUAAUGCAGGGGUUGAUAGUUUAAAAUCAAAAGUUCUGAAUGUCAGUAGUGGAGAUUUCGUUUCUUUUUCGUUGCAAAAAUGGAAACGAUAAUAAAACAUAUUUAUUUCGUAUAUAAAUAUUUGCUGUGUACAUUGUAUAUUUAGAAAUAUGCCAAGGACAGUUUUAGCACUUCCUUGGAGAUACAACACUGAGCGCUAAGAUUCUUCAUCUUAACCAAUGUCAGUAAUGAAUUGUUAUGUUGUUAUGUUUUGGGUGUAUUUUCUGUUUUGCCAUUUUUAAAAACAAAGUUAACAGUUACGUUUUUGUGAAAUAUGUUUGUUUUAAUGUUUUCUAACUUAAUUAAAUGUGAAUGUAUUUUUCUAAAUUAACUAAAUGUGAAUGUGUUGUGACCAAGUGAUAUCGAAAAAUAUGUAUAUAUUCAAGUUUCUGAUAUCAAGAUUUUAAAACGUGUUUAUUUCAGGAAUCCUCAAUAUUGCAUGCUUCCUUUUGCCCACUUAGUGAUGAUAAUGCAUUUGAGCAUGUUCAUGACAUGUUCAAAAUUGCGUAAAUCUCUGUAAUGUCAACCAAAUAGUACAUCCACGAUAACUUAACAUUGUUCCGUAGCCUCUAGGAAUAUAAAAGCAUUUGGUUGAAGGGUUUGAACAGGGUUUCCCUAAAGGUUUCAGCACAUCCCAUGCAUACAUGCAGUAUUACUGUAAGAUGUUUCCGUCAGUUCUAUGGGGUUAAACAUUUCAACGGACCAUACUUGGCAGGAACAUGGAAGAGGUUAAAUAUUAGUUUUAGAGUGAAUUUUAGGUUAUAUAAUGUAGUUUUUAUAAGCCUUGUUUAUUAAUAAUAGUUCAAAGGCUGUUAACUGUUAUAAAUAUUAUAUGCUUUCAACAAGUAUAAAUAUGUAGAGUAGGAAAUACACUUAAAACGGUAUGUCUAUAUUGUAGGGUCUAAAAGGGAAAAACAGGAAGUAAGUUUGUCGUGCGGUGUUGGUUCACAGCAGUCAAUAGGCUGUUGACUAUUUUUAAGAUUUAAAGGUAUUCAAACAAAGGGUUUGUAACAGGAAUGUUUUUUAGUAUAACUGAUUUCAAGCUUUAUUCUUAUAUGCAUUAUCUUUAUUAUAGAAGUUGCCCUCGACAAAUGUUAUAUACGUGUACCAAUAUUACCUCUAUCAUAGAAGAUGUCUGCGAAAUAAUUUAUAUACAAUAGUAGAAACACAAUGUUUUCAAUGAAAGAUAUUGCGGUCUUCAUUACCAUUCGAUGCUGAAGAAAACAGUGAGUAUCAAUGAUUGUUGAUGAUUUGCAUUUACUGAUUUAGCAACUAAGUUGGUUUUCACGGCUAAUGUAUGGGCUGCAACAAGUAGAAAUGUUCAAGAAUAUUUUUUUUUAUUAUAGGAUAAAAAUCGAGGAAUUUUCACUUGUUGGUUUACCCACAAACUAAUGCAGUAUUGAUUGUAUUAUUUUACCAGUUCAGUCGGGAGAAAUUUCGAUGUAAAACAUGAUGAGAUUAAGAAAGCAAGGCUUCACAAUUUGUUCAAUAUGUGAUUUUAUCAAAAAGCUAGAAAUUAAGAAAGACAUAUAUAAAAUAAAAUAUAUAAUAUAUGUUCAUUUUAAAGUUUUAUUAUUGAGUUGACAUGACUCAAAAUGAUAGUUGUUUACUCAAGAGGUUGUAACGCAUGUUUGCAAUUAUAUAUAUAUACUCUUGUGUUAAAGGGGCUGGUCGGAGAAA